CAUAAUUCAAUUCAGAUGUGCUUGGAAAACUAAUUUCAGGUUUAACAAUCGAAUCUCUUCAGCCCAAAAACUGGUACUUGAGAUCAGUCACAAAUGAAGGAGAUUUCAAUGGGGUAGUCCCUAUACAGAAGAAGCUGUAACGGCAAUUAAAAUAUUUUCCCCUUCCAGCCAAAACUCAUUGAUUCAACUAACUAUCAAGAAACCAGGGAGAAAAGCAGUGCCUGUUUCAGCUACCAUUCUUCACUUCUCUGAUCACCAUCCAUUCUCAAUCUGAGAAAUUGGGCCAGUUUGUUAUUGUUUGUUUCUUUCUUUGGAGCCUACAUUUGCCUAUAUAACAAUUUACUCAGUCCUACAGGAAGACUAUCCAUAUACCAUAUACUCUUUGUGCAGUUAAUUCCAACUGGUUACUUAUUCUCUCUCUCUGUCUCUCUCUCCAAAUGGCCGACUCAGAACACUCUUCUUCUAAUGAGACUUCUGUUGUUGAUUUCCGAGAUGAAAGUAGCAAGGAAAAUAAACAAGAAUUCACAGAAGAUGAGGAAACGCUCAUCAUUAGGAUGUACAAUUUGGUAGGAGAGAGGUGGUCUUUAAUUGCUGGGAGGAUUCCGGGAAGAACGGCAGAGGAAAUCGAGAAGUAUUGGAAUUCCAGAUGCUCGACGAGCGAAUGAAAUUCCGGCAUCUUGGCAAUGCAUCUGCAUGCUCAAGGAAACAUACAGUGAUUUUGGUGAGGGAAGUGGGACUGUUCUUGAUUCAGCUAUUGGCAUAUCGAAGAGAGCAACCAUCAAUUCUAUAUGUCAAGUUGUCUAUAUGUUUUUAGUGUCGUGUUCAAGGUUUCUGGGUAUUAGUCGAUUGUUAUUAUCCUUGUGGUCCGGUCCGACGUGAAACCAUGCAUAU